AUGGGUGUAUAAACUAAUGUCAACCAGCUCUUGGUUCGGAACCAACAGAAAUACAGUUGUCUAUAGCCAAUUAGAGAGAGAAGUCAACUUCCAACCCAAGGCGGAGAAGAAGUCAUUUCGAGAGCGACAGGCUAAGCAAAUCCUCUGUUUUUUUCAUACUUGUUUAUCAAUAGUGGAACUCCACCACCACCCCCUCACGCUUCUCCUUCCCAUUAGCCAAUAAAAGUAUGCCAUGUAAAUUGUAAGAGAAGGCUAAUGGAUCAAGAAUUGAGAGAUAGCAACAAAGACUCAUGUGACAGUCCAAGAAAGUUGGAAACUGUGAUUGCAAUAGGAGGCAGUAGUGAGUUAGAAGGUCGAAACAAGUCAUCAGUGGUGGAUUUGGAGAGGGGGGAGGCAUGUUCGUCUGGCUCGGUGGAUGAGAGGGUUUGUAGAGUAUGCCAUUUGAGUGCAAAGGAGAUUGGGAAGAGCGGGCUUGAGUUGAUCGAGCUUGGCUGCGGAUGUAAAGGCGAGCUUGGAUUUGCUCACUUGCAAUGCGCCAAGGCUUGGUUUAGCGUUAAGGGGAAGAGAUUGUGUGAAAUAUGUGGAGAGGCUGCAACGAAUAUAAGUGGUGUUGGCGACAGCGGUUUCAUGGAGGAGUGGAGCGAGGGGAGACGAGGAGGCGAUGAGGGCGACGUCAGCGUAUCGUAUGGAGGCGGACGAUGUUUGCAGGGGCAGCCACUUUGUAAUAUCUUGAUGGCUUGUCUAGUUUUAGCAUUCAUUCUCCCUUGGUUUUUUCCUGGGAAUUUGUUCUGAUUUUAUCUGCAUUGAAUUUGCCUGUUCCUGUAUAGUAAUCAAACAGUCAGCAGCUUCAAUUUGAUUCUUGAUAUUGUCUUCAAUUCAA